AUGAUUAGGUUCAUUCUUAUCCAAAACCGAGCCGGGAAGACUCGUUUGGCCAAAUGGUAUAUGCAUUUUGACGACGAUGAAAAGCAGAAGCUCAUUGAAGAAGUGCAUGCCUGUGUCACUGUUCGCGACGCGAAGCACACUAAUUUUGUUGAGUUCCGGAAUUUCAAAAUCGUAUACCGAAGAUACGCCGGGCUCUACUUCUGCAUAUGUGUCGAUAUUAUGGAUAACAACUUGUACUAUCUGGAGGCAAUCCACAAUUUUGUUGAGGUUCUCAACGAAUACUUCCAUAAUGUUUGCGAAUUGGACCUGGUUUUCAACUUUUACAAGGUGUAUUCUGUUGUCGACGAGAUGUUCCUGGCCGGUGAAGUGCGCGAAACUUCCCAAACGAAGGUGCUGAAGCAACUCUUGAUGCUGACUUCCCUGGAA